UGUUCACUGUGCUGAAGGCUUUGAACAUAGAUGACCUCUCCUGCUAUCUUCAGAGGCAAUACACAUCUCAUUAUCUUCAGAGCAUUAGCAGUGCGGUAGAAGAAGUCACUUACUGGCCGUUAACAAUGUGGCUGGCGCUAUUCAUUCUGCUGAUGGCAGUCGAUGCUAAUGCAGGUUGGAGUCAUUGUGAAGGACAGUUAAAAAAUGGGGACAUACCUAAUUCAAUUGGUGCAGACUACGUCAAUGUCUGUGCAAGCACUGUGGACUCUAUAAUUGAUAACGGUGCGGAUGUUAACAGUAAUAAUAUGAUAAUUGAAAAUAUGGAAAAAAUACUUGAGGUCGUGAAAUUAAAUGGAACCCAUAUUAAUUUUACUUCCAAAUAUCUCAUUGGGCAUCUCAGCAAUGUAGAUCCUGUCCAUUUUGAUGGAUUAGAGAUAUAUGCCAAUUUAAAUAAAGUCUCUUCAGAUCACAGUGCAGUCGUGAACAGCACUGUCCAUGUGGUAUUACCGAAAGAAAUUCUUGCAAAUGUUGCCAGCAACACAGUGGUUGUUUUCUGCAUGUACAAAACGAACAAGCUUUUUAAGAAGGUCGUUCUUAAUGAUCAAGUUGUUGGAGUGUCAGUGUCUCAAACUAAGAUCACUAACCUUGCAAACCCAAUAAAUAUCAAGUUUUCUCUAAAACAACCACUUAGUCCAAAUGAAACAGCAAAGUGUGUGUUUUGGGAUUUAACCACAAGUAGUUGGAACAGUUCAGGAUGUGAAACCACACUGAUAGGUGGCCAGAUACACUGCCGGUGUAACCACAUGACCUAUUUCGCUGUGUUGUUGAAUCCUUCAGCUGUUUCUGAACCUCAUUUAAAGAUAUUGUCCACAAUAUCCCUUAUUGGCAGUGGAAUCUCCCUGGCUUGUUUGACUAUAACCCUCGUUGUGUAUGUUGCCUGCAGGAAAAUAUCGAAUGACCAUUCCACACAGAUCCAUAUCAACCUUGCUGCGGCCCUGUUCUUGUUGAAUCUGUUUUUUCUGCCCAAUGAGAAUUUGGCUUCUUUCAAAAAUAACACCCUCUGCGGAUUCCUGGCCCUGAUGCUGCAUUACUCCCUGCUCUGCUCCUUCAGCUGGAUGGGAAUCGAAGCUUUCCACCUGUACAGGUUGUUGUGUAAGGUUUUCAACACCUACACGAGUCGCUACAUUCUCAAGCUCUGUCUGGCAGGCUGGGGUCUUCCUGUCAUUGUUGUGAGUUUGAUCAUCGCCGUUUGGAAAGACGCUUAUGGGCUUAGAAUCAUUCCUGCGAUAGAGGCCAACUACAAAAACAUUACCAUGUGUUACGUCACUAAUGAAUACAACACCUUGCACUACAUCACAAACAUGGGCUACCUUGCUGUGGUCCUCGUUUUUAAUAUCUCCAUGCUGGGUGUCACUGUGGUUAAGAUCAUCAGUAUGAGAUCGACCAGCAGCCCCACUGAGAAGAGAAGAGCCUGGAAGGACAUCUGCACUGUUCUGGGGCUCAGCAGCCUGCUGGGGACCACCUGGGGACUGGCUUUCUUCACCUUUGGGCCCCUGAGCCUGCCUGGACUGUAUAUCUUCUGUGUCUUAAACUCACUGCAAGGGUUCUUUGUAUUUCUGUGGUUCUGCGCUUCGAGACAAAAAGCCAGCAAAAGUUCUACCAGCAGUGACACUCACAGCAUCAAGUCAUGAAGACCAGUUACAGCUGAAUGACAGUUCAGUGUGGGAGGAGUGCUGUGCUGUGCUGUGAAUAAAUGCUGACACGGUAGAUCAGUACGGUAUUGUUUGAUAUUUAGGUGAGUGGAGCCAGGGGAGAUAUGCAGUGUUGGGAAAAUGAGCGAAUGUGUAGUAGUUUUGUUGUUUGCCUCAAACCGUUUAUUUGGCCACUGUGCCUAUUUGUUUUGUUCUUGUUUGUGGUUGUAAGUUGUUUGUUUUGUGUGUUUGUUAGUUGUAUGUUCCUGUAAAUAAACAUGCGCUCUAGUACUUGAACUGCAGCUUCUGUAGCUGGGUCUGCUUCCUGGUAGUAACAUGCCUUACCAGUGACACUGUCCUUACCACAGGCAGUUUUGACCACAUUGAAAAAGCAUUAUGUAGUCUCUAGCCCUAAGCCAAUGUUGGAGAGUAACAGAUUACAUUACUGUAUUCUGAUUACAUUUUUCAGUAACUUGUAACUGUAGUGGUUCAUUUUUCAGACAGGAAAAAUAAGUUACAUUUGGUUAAAAAAAGUUUUGAAAAGGCUUUUCUAGGUUUUUACUAGAAAAGGGUGUCGGGGGAGUGAACUGUUUACACAUGUGAUUGUAACAUUUUCAAAGUAAUGCAGGUAAAUUAUUGUAACUGGUUACAAUUUUGUUCAUGUGGCUUAUGGAUUACUUCCCCCAAGUGAAGUCCAGACACUGUGCUGCUUAUCUAUGAUGGCAGAUAGAGGAAGCAGAACAGCAGAAAAGGCCCAUGUUUUUGUGACUGUGCUGGAGGGACUGUGUGUAAAGUGAGGGGGGGGGGGACUUCUACAGUAUAUUUACUGUAUUAGUCAGGCCCUUUGCUCAGAGAAUAUCUUAUAUAGAACAAUCCAUCCCAGCAAAUGCAUUGGUAUACCAGGUGCCACUUCAGAAAUACUGCUUUUUGGAGAACAUGCAUUGGCAAUAAAUACUAUUUUGUUAUAUUAUGUGUUUCUUUUCAUUUAUGUAUAACAAAAUAGUUGGCAAAAUAAACACUGUAGCAAUCCCAAGAGAGUAAGUCAAAAAAACAAUAAACCCAGCUUAGUUUAAUGCUGUCAAAAUGAUUUUAUUCCUCUGCGAAAAUGGACCUUUUCACUUUUAACGCUUUCUCAAAAUACUAAGAGAAAAUACCAAUCACUCGGUCUUGCUUAAGUUUAUAAAAUCUCUGUGUUGUUAAAGGUUUUGAUAAUUAUUAACCAGGGAUAACAUUUUGUUUUAAUAACAUUGUAUAAAUCUUCAUAUCAUAGGCAAUGUUCUUAUUACGCUGCAUUGCUACGGCUGUUCGCAUUAUUAACUGUGUAUUAUUGUUUGUAGCAUCCUUUAUAACACUUUUAUAGAUACAUUGUAGCUAAGUGGAAAAAUAAAACAGGGUGUAGUACCGCCUGUAGUGGAAGUGGUGGGAGGAGGGGCUGCAGUUAAAUAAAGUACAUAAAAUAUAUUUGCAAAGCUGCCUAGUGAAUAACCAGUAGCAUGCAUUGUAGUCCAGACCUCGUCACUGUUUAGAGGAGUAUUUGAAUAAUAUUUUCUAUUUUGCAUUGUGUUUGCACUUUUGAUUUAUUUGCACCAAAGUAUAGAAUGUGUAUUUCUUUCUUUUUUUUUUUUGCACAAUGUCUUUUUUUUAAUGUUAUCCCUGUUUGUUUUAAACUCACACAGUUUGCUUAUAUUAUUUACUUGAAUAAGGAUAGCAAGUUUGUGCAUAUUACAUUCAUAAACUAGGGUAUUAAGUUUGUUUAUCUCCCUAGGUCACUAUUUUUGAUUACAUUUUAAGAAAUGUUAAAACAGUUUGUGUGAGCUCUAUGCAGUUUGAGAAUUGCCCAGACAAAACUUUGAAAAAAAAAAACAAAAAAAAAAAAAUGAUGUAGUGUAAAAUAGAUACAUAGAUAGGAAACUUAACAUGGUCCAAUUAUGCACACAGUCACUGAAGGGGAUAUUGUACAUGAGGAAUUAAGAAUACUCAAAUCUAACCUCCUGGAUAGUUGCAUAAAGAUAGAUUUUUGUGAAUCUUGACCAUCUGAAUGCCUGUUAGUUCACUUUUAAAUUUGCUUUACCGAAAAUAAAAUCUGUUUUUCAAA